AUGAUACUCACAUCUAAAACGGUGAAAAAUGAGGAGAAAGACACCCACACCCCCGAUAAGAAGAACAAGCGCAAGCCCCGAGCAUAUAGCCCAGAGGGGGAAGGGCGUGGUAGUAACAACAUUACCAUGCCAGAUACAUCGCGUAUUGUUAGUAUGAACACCAAGAAGGGUUGGGUACCACUAAGCAUACCCACGAGCCUUCGCGAAGUGAAGACACAAAGUACGAAGAAGAAGCCUGACAGAAAACUAAACCAACGGAUCGAAAAAGUCGGGGAGGGAAAGACAGGGAACCACCUUGCAAAAAGAAGAUACAGAUAG